UGGGCCGCGUUGUUAUCCUGGGCACUCUUACGAGUUGCGGGAGGGUGCCCGGAGCCGUGCGCCUGCGUGGACAAAUACGCCCACCAGUUCGCAGACUGUGCCUACAAGGACCUGCGCGAGGUCCCAGAAGGACUGCCGGCCAACGUGACCACGCUUAGUCUGUCAGCCAACAAAAUCGCCGAGCUGAGGCGCGGGGCCUUCGCCAACGUCACGCAGGUGACCUCGCUGUGGCUGGCGCACAACGAGGUGCGCACCGUCGAGCCAGGCGCGCUGGCCGUGCUGAGCCAACUCAAGAACCUCGACCUGAGCCACAACCUCAUCUCCAGCUUCCCGUGGGGCGACCUGCGCAACCUGAGCGCGCUGCAACUGCUCAAAAUGAACCACAACCGCUUAGGCUCGCUGCCACGGGACGCGCUGGUCUUCUUGCCGGACCUGCGCUCUUUGCGCAUCAACAACAACCGCCUGCGCACGCUGGCGCCCGGCACCUUCGACGCGCUCAGCGCGCUGUCGCAUCUCCAACUCUAUCACAACCCCUUCCAUUGCGGCUGCAGCCUUUUGUGGCUGCAGGCCUGGGCCGCGAGCACCCGGGUUUCCUUACCCGAGCCGGAUUCCAUUGCCUGCGCCUCUCCUCCCGCACUGCAAGGAAUUCCCGUGCACCGCUUGCCCGCCCUGUCGUGCGUGGCACCUACCGUGCGCCUAAAUGCUGACUUCCCUCUGGAGGCGUCCGGCAGCCCCCUGCGUGCCGGCCUGGCCUUCAUGCUGCACUGCGUGGCCGAAGGACACCCAGCGCCCCGCCUGCAGUGGCAGCUUCAGAUCCCCGGCGGCAUGGUGGUCUUGGAGCCGCCGUUCCUAGGCGGGGAGGACGAUGGAGAUGCAGAAGACACCGGCACGGAAGAGGAAGGCGACGCCCCCACUCAGACCCAGGCCCCAACUCCAACACCACCAGCACCGGCUUGGCCCGCGCCCCCAGCCACACCCCGCUUCUUGGCGCUCGCCAACGGCUCCUUGCUGGUGCCCCUGCUGAGUACCAAGGAGGCGGGCGUCUACACUUGCCGGGCGCGCAAUGAGCUGGGCUCCAACUCGACGUCUGUGCGCGUGACCGUGGCUGCUGCCGGGCCCCCCAAACACGCCCCGGGUGGUGCAGGCGGAGGCCCCAAGGGUCAGACCCCGACUUCUGAGCGCAAGUCUGCAGCCAAGGGCAGAGGCAACAGCGUCCUGCCCUCCAAACCCGAGGGCAAAGCCAAAGGUCAGGGUUUGGCCCGGGUUAGCGUCCUUGGGGAGACUGAGGCGGGGUUGUUGGACGAAGCCAGCAUGGAGGAGGAGGAGGAGGAGGAGAGAGAAGAGGAGGAGGAAGGGCAGGUCUCUGCGGACCCCCUGGGGGCGCAGCGCUGCGGCCGCGGGGACCCCUCGCGCUACGUGUCCAACCACGCGUUCAACCAGAGCGCGGCGGAGCUCAAGCCGCACUUCUUCGAGCUGGGCGUCAUCGCCCUGGACGUGGCGGAGAGGGAGGCCCGGGUGCAGCUGACGCCGCUGGCGGCUCGCUGGGGCUCGGGGGCAGCGGGGCGGCCCGGACGGCGGCGACCCCUGCGCCUGCUGUAUCUGUGCCCCGCGGGGGGCGGCGCGGCCGUGCAGUGGUCGCGCGUGGAGGAGGGCGUCAACGCCUACUGGUUCCGGGGCCUGCGCCCCGGCACCAACUACUCGGUGUGCCUGGCGCUGGCGGGCGAGGCCUGCCACGUCCAGGUGGUCUUCGCCACCAAAAAGGAGCUGCCCUCGCUGCUGGUCAUCGUGGCGGUGAGCGUGUUCCUCCUGGUGCUGGCCACCGUGCCCCUGCUGGGCGCUGCUUGCUGCCAUCUGCUGGCCAAGCACCCGGGCAAGCCUUACCGCCUCAUCUUGAGGCCGCAGGCCCCGGACCCCAUGCAGAAGAGCAUCGCCGCCGACUUCGACCCGCGGGCCUCCUACCUGGAGUCGGAGAAAAGCUACCCGGCCGGCGGCGACAGGGACGACGGCGACCAAGGCGAGGCGGGCGCGGAGGAGGAGCCCGAGGAGGCCCCAGAAGACGGCCUGGACGAAGACGCGGAGCCCGGAGACACCAGCGUGCGCCUGCCCCGGGAGGAGAGCCUGGCGGCCUGCUCGCUGGCGGAGUGCCAGUCCAAGGCCAACCCCGAGGAGUUCGAGGCGGGCUCUGAGUACAGUGACCGGCUGCCCUUGGGGGCCGAAGCGGUCAACAUCGCCCCCGAGAUCAAUGGUAACUACAGGCAGAGGGCUGGGUGA